AUGGCAGAGUGGGAGGUUGUGAACGCUGCGGCCGAGGACCAGUCAGUGGCAGGCUGGCUGAAUGCCAAAGGCCUCGGCAAAUACGUUGAGAAGGUUAUCGAGCUCACAGAUGCAGAAAGCCUGGAAGACUUCAAGCUGCUGGAUGCAGCAAUGGUAGAGCAGAUCAUCGAGUCGGUUGGGAUGAAGUUGGUGACUGCACAGAAGUUCCGCCAGGCGCUGUACGAGCUAUGUAGCAUUCCAGUGGAGCCUCGAGAAGAAGGCUCGGAGGCGGACCAACAGGUGGCGAGCCCAGCAGAGGAAGUGCCGGUGCAAGAGGUCAUCGCCAUUUGCAUUGAUCGGUCUGGUUCGAUGGGGACACCCUUCAAGGAGAUCACUCUCAACGUCGUGAAAGGUGAGUGUCGAGAUUCCGUGGCAGAGCGCACACGCAUGGAAGCCGUUAAAGCCAUGUUUUAUGCCUUCCGGGAUAGGAUUGAAAGCAUGGGCCCUGGGCGCUGCCACCUCGGCCUCUUUCAGUUCGAUAACCAGGUUGAGCUCCUGUUGGAUGCAACACCCAGCUUGGACAAGUUCGAGUCCAUUGUCGACGACAUGAAGAAGCGGGGUCAGACGGCCAUCUAUUCGUCCAUCAUCGCAGCCACGGAGAUGUUGAAUCGAUACUUCGAAGCGGACAAGAGGAUUGACCUGCGUGUUCUUGUGCUCACAGAUGGGCAGAACAAUUCGGGAGCAUCUCCACAGGCGGCCCUUGAGGCCGUCAACUCCAUCGGUGCUGUGGUCGAUGCGAUCAUCGUGGGAGACAAUCCCGAUGGCGAUUUGCGGCGAAUCGUUUCUGCUGCAGAAGGCGAGUGCUACCAGGUACGCAAUCUUGGCGAGGGCUUCGAGCUUCUGGAGUCCGAAGCUGUCGUCUCUUUGAAGGCACGCCGUGGCGGGGCAGAAAAGCCGGAGUUCAAGCAGCGAGAAGCCGUGGACUUGAGGAACAUUUCUCAAGCGAGCAUCACGCAGGGAAGUGCCGUGCCCAGAGUUCAGGAUUUGGCCCGGGACCACCAUGCGAAAAGCAAGGUGGUGGCCUUGCACUCGACAGACUCCCUCGGUGCCAUUUCGAACGGCCCCCUGGGCUCGGCGGCUGCAAGACGGGCCAUGGCCGAGCUGAGGCAAGCUGCAGAAGCAGCCACUGCCGGAAUCCAUGUUCUGCCGACAGAAAGCCUCAACUUCUGGCGUGUCCUCAUGGAGGGGCCCUUUGGCUCCCCGUUCGAGGGAGGUGUUUUUGCGCUAGAUGUUGUCAUCCCGGAUGACUAUCCUUUCUCCGCGCCCAAGAUUAACUUCCGCACGCCCAUCUACCACUGCAAUGUCAAUGCAAACGGCGCAAUAUGCCUAGACAUCCUCAAGGAAUCGUGGAGUCCAUCGCUGUCGGUCCAAAAAUGCCUCUUCUCCAUCCGAGCUUUGAUGGUCGAUCCAAAUCCCGAUGAUGCCCUGCGCCAGUGGAUCGCCGAGCUGACCUUGGCUCACGUUCGCUCAGGCGGCGCAGAUACUCGCUACUACGACAAUGCCCGUGACAGCACUCGCGAGCACGCCAGCUUGAGUGUCGAGGGCUGGUUGGCUAAGUGGGGCCUGGGUCCGGCAUGUGCGGAGAAGGACUGCUCGCUGGUAGAGCUCUUGACAAACCAGGAGCAGCCUCCUGCGUUCUACCUGGUGCACUACUGGGGGGAUCUCGUCCUGAAUGCUUUGGAGGCCAUCAAAGUGCACACGCAAAGCAGAAACAUGGACCAGAACACGCCGUACUGGCUCGCGUGUUGCGCCAACCGCCCACACUCGCUGCAGGACGCUUUCUGCCCGGAUUUGAAGGCCAGCUGUUUUUACAAGGCAAUGAGUGCCGCAAAGUUCCAGGUGGUGCUUAUGAUGGAUCCCAAAACCGAUUCCAACGUGCUCGCCACAUGCCUUUCGAGACUGUGGUGCAUGUACGAGCUCUGCAUGUGCUUGGACCAUCCCGGCACGCAGCUCGAUGUAGUCCAGACCAAGCUGGAAAUCAAAUCGCCUGUUAAGAAAGCCUCGAUGGUAACACAGUUCCUGACUCCAGAGGAGAAAGACGCAGAACUGCGCACGACAGGCUCCGGCUACAAGGCUAAGAACGACCGCGAGAAGUCAUUCAGCUUGCAGAUCAUGGAGAUGGCAUUAGGUGUCUCCGUGGAGCGUGCUCAGAUCACCAAUCUUCAGGAAAAGCAGCAGAUAUUGAACAUCUUCGCACACCGUGACCUGAACGAGCAGGCGUAUGACCACGUCUCGAAGCAACUGCGGGCGCUCUUCGCUUUGGCCUUCUGGCGCCAGCAGCUCAGUGGUCGUGUCAUGGGUGGCAACGUGAGCGACAGUGACGUUCAUCGAGUUCAAGGAAAGUUGGUGAAAGCCUUGCACAGCGGCUUCCGGCACAAGUCCCUGGAGCUUGACAUGGCCUUCAUGCAAGUUUGCUCGGAGAAGUUGAAGAUGCUCCGAGCAUGUUUGCCAUCGGGCCUGCAAGAGCUCAAGCUGGACCUGAGGGAAACAGAGCUCAACAACCAAGACAUCAUCACCUUCGCCGCCGGUCUCCCCAGAGAACUGGAGGACCUCUCCUUGAACCUGGCUGGCAACGAGGACAUCAACGAUGAUGGCAUCGAGGUGUUUAUGAGCAAGCUUCCCAGCAAGAUGCGAAGCAUGGCUCUGGACCUGAAGAAGACCCAUGUCGGCAAAGAGUUGAUGCAGAGACAGGGGAACUACGAGAGCAUGAGAAAGCACUUGGCAGAACAGGCUGCCAAAGCUAUUCGGUGCACGUUCGUCAACUUGUGUCCGUCGGCGACGCGGCACAUGGUUUACACCGUCACCAAGAAGAAUCUUCCGCCAAUGACCUCGGAUUCAUAG